AUGUAUGUUAUUUGUUUCCUAGGCUUCAUUAGUUUAGCUUGUGGAACACCAGAAGGUACGAGAUUUACAGACUCGUUGAGUAACGUUAGCUAUGUUUCUGAUGCACCCUAUAUAAAGAGCGGUGUAAGUGGAAGCAUACGUGCAACAAUUGGACGUGGAGGUCCUUAUCCAAGGCACAUGAAGAUGCUCAGAAGCUUCCCUCAGGGAGUUAGGAGCUGUUACAAUGUAAGCAUUGUUAAGGGUAUUAAGUAUUUGAUUCGAGCGAGUUUCUUGUACGAGAAUUACGACGGCCUGAACGUUCCACCGGCGUUCGAUAUCUACAUUGGGAAUAGCUUUUGGGAGACUGUAGACUUCACUGACAUACACAUGGAACAUUUCAUAGAUCUCAUACAUAUUACCUCUUCAAAGGAUGUGCACAUUUGUUUGAUCAAUACAGGGAAUGGAGUGCCAAUUAUUUCAUCUUUAGAAUUUAGACCUUUACUCAACAUCACUUAUCAAACCGUGUCGGGAUCCUUAUCGCUCGAUUCUCGAUUAGACUUCGGUCCAAAAGAUUAUCAAGAAUACAGAUACCCUUAUGAUGCUUACGAUCGCAUUUGGUCGUCAUUUAACUACUAUGGUGACGAAUCAGUAACAACCAAUCUUUCAGUAGGUAUGAUUGAGCAGAACAAUUAUCAAGUGCCAUCCAUUGUGAUGAAAACUGCUUCCAUUUUAAAGGAUAUUUCGUGGAAUACGAGGAAUUUGUCUCAAUAUUAUGUAUUUAUGCACUUUUCCGAGGUUCUUGAGCUUCAACCCAACCAAAGUAGAGUGUUCAAUAUCACCCUCAAUGGGAACUUUUUUUAUGGACCUCUAACUCCAAGUUACUUGACCACUCUAACUGUUUCCAAUGAAGAUCCAUUGGAUGCAACAGAUGAGCUUGCAUUUUCUUUGAUUUCGACCGAGAAUGCGACGCUUCCUCCCAUCAUCAAUGCUCUCGAGAUAUAUUACGUGAAAGACGUGAUCGAGUUGGAAGCAAAUCAAGAAGAUGUAAGUGCCAUUACCAAUAUCAAGUUAAGUUAUGGGAUAAAGAGGGAUUGGCAAGGAAAUCCAUGUGUGCCAAUGGAAUACCCUUGGAGUGGAUUGCGUUGUAGCAAUGCAACUGAUCCAAGAAUCAUAUCCUUGAAUUUAUCAGCAAGUGGAUUGAGAGGUGAAAUAUCUUCUUACAUACCAAAUCUAACGAGGUUGCAAACACUGGACUUGUCCCACAAUGAAUUGAGUGGAGAACUGCCAGAGUUCUUAACAAAUAUGCCAAAUUUAAGAGUUCUCAUUUUAACCAGAAACAAGCUCACAGGCUCAGUUCCUGAAGUUCUCUUGCAAAGGGCUGAAGCUAAAUCACUUGCAUUAAGUGUUGGUGAAAAUCCAGAUCUUUGUACAUCACUUAAAUGUGAUAACAAGAGGAAGAACAACAAGAGGAAGAACAACAAGAGGAACAAUUACUUUCUUCUUCUUCUAGCUCUGCCCCUAUCUAUCAUAAUGGUUACUCUAGUAAUCUACAAAAGAAGGAGACAAAGAGAGCAGCUCAAAAGAUCAAUCCAGAAAAGGUUGCUUAGUUCAAAGAACCAACAAGUUGGUUACUCUGAGAUACUGGUUAUAACAGAUAACUUGAAAACAGCUAUAGGAGAAGGAGGUUUUGGAAAAGUAUAUUUGGGUGUACUGAGUGAUAAAAUUCAAGUGGCCAUUAAGUUGCUAUCUGCAUCAUCACGACAAGGCUCAAAUGAGUUCAAAGCAGAGGCUCAAAUAUUAGCCAUUGUUCAUCAUAGAAAUCUGGUUUCUCUCGUUGGUUACUGUGAUGAGGCUGAGAAUAAGGCGCUCAUUUAUGAAUUUAUGGCUAAUGGAAAUCUACGCAAAAAUCUAUCUGAUUCAACAACAAAGGUCUUGAGUUGGAUGCAAAGACUCCAAAUUGCACUUGAUGCAGCUCAAGGGCUGGAAUAUUUGCACAAUUGUUGCAAGCCGCCUAUCAUUCACAGAGAUUUGAAGACUUCAAACAUCUUAUUGAAUGAAAAAAUGCAGGCUAAGAUAUCAGAUUUUGGACUGUCCAGGAUAUUUGCAAAUGAAAAUGAUACUCAUUUGGCCACAUGUCCUGCCGGCACCUUUGGAUAUGUCGACCCGACGAUCCAUUUGUCUGGAAACUUCACCAAGAAAAGCGAUGUGUAUAGUUUCGGGAUCGUGUUAUUCGAGUUGAUCACAGGGCAACCUGUGAUAAUCAGUAGUUCUGAAAACAACAUCCACAUAGUGGAUUGGGCAAUGCCUCUGAUUUCAGAAGGAAGGCAUGAAAGCAUUGUGGAUCAAAGAUUAGAAGGCCCCAUAGAAAGUUGUUCAGCUAGAAAAUUUAUGGAGCUGGCUUUGUCUUGCACACACCCAACUUCAACACAAAGGCCUGAAAUGAGCGAUGUGGUGAAACAACUGAUUGAGUGUCAAGAAAUGGCUCAGAACAGACCACCUGCACAUACGCCACUUAACAAUGAACAUUUUUCUUAUACUUCAAUUGGCUCUGAUUCAAUUUUAAGUCCCAGGUAG